ACAAGCGAUCGCAUUUUUUAAUGCAGUUUUAACCCUUCUAAAUUAAACUGAACUUUCUCCUGCGAGAUAGCCGAUAAUCCAAGGGCUAUUCACAUACUUGAAAUAUUUCAUCAUUGUGUUUUGCUGACAGGCUUCGUAAUUAGCUCAUCAUAGGGAACGUCAUUUUUACGCAACGUGAUCGCUUCUGCUGUAGCAUAGCAUCAGUACAUUUCGGAUGUGACUUUACAAUUCCUGCGCGAAUAAAUCGUCAGAGUGGGUUGCAGUGAUGCCUUUGAGAAAUGGGCAAGAUUCAUUGGACAAGGACUCCGCUAGCAGGCAAGCCAUGAAGCAGAGACGAAAACUCGGUUAUAGCAAUCAAGUUAACCUGCGCAACAUCCGAAUUGCCGUGAUGGGCCAAGACGGCGUCGGAAAAACAGCUCUCACGGUACGAUUCCUAACAAAGCGUUUUAUUGGAGAAUACGACCAAACGUUAGAAACAACCAAUAGACACCACAUCGACGUGGAUGGAGAAUAUGUUGCACUGGACAUUUUGGACACAGCAGGAAAGAACUCGGAAGAGAAGCUUGAGAACAUCAUUGGGUACGCAGACAUCUUCCUUGUCCUUUACUCCAUCACAGACCGCACCAGUUUUCAAGAAGCCGGUAAGAUCGUCAAGUACAUAAGACGUUACAGAACUCUGGACUCCAGCAGUAUAAUUAUCGCGGGAACUAAGCGCGAUUUGGAACACUUCAGAAGCGUUCGCGAGACAGACGGCUCAAGACUCACCUAUUCCCUCAACUGUGGUUUCUUCGAGAUAUCAAUUUCCGAGAGUUUUGCUGAAACAGUAAACAUGUUUAAUGAGAUCUUGAGACAAUAUUUAAACGCGCAUCCUUCGCAAGAUCCAGCUGGCACAAUUACCACUGCUCACUCCCCGACCCCCAUGAUUUCUCCACAUAAAGAAAUGAAGUCUCCGUCUUCUUGGGCAAAGGUCAAAGGAUUGAAGACAAUGCCUUUUAGAAGAAAGUCUACACAGGCUGUUGCCUGUUAAUCAGCUUGGCUUGGAAAGAAACGCCCAGAAUUUAUGUCUCUGGGAAAUUUAGCCACGCACGUAGCAUUUAUACGGAUGAUGAGGAAAAUAACAGGGAAUAUAUAAAACAACACGGUUUCCUCAUUGCAUCCGAGAGGAUUCGCUUUUAAAGGACUCUUGUAUACGAGUCUCAACCCAGACAACUUCAGAUAUCUGGAAAUAGACACUUCUUAAAUUUAGACAUUUGAGUUUGAAAAUCAAAGAACUUGGACCUCGCGUAGGAUCAAGUAAAAUCCACGCGAAAUAUGCAGUAUAAACAUGUAAUAUGGAGCUUCACCCAUUUGAGGAUGAAGAAAACCGUAGUUUAUGGAUUACGAUCUGAAUCGAUAUAACCUGUGUAUAAACGUGUAUUAAUAUUUUCAGUUUUCUUCUGCUACUAAUUUAACUGUAGCCGGAAGUAAUUAUAAAAAGAUCCCCCACAAGACAAGCUUGGAAAUUUUAUCACCACCUUAGUCUGCACAGUUCAUAGUUUUUGGGAGCGCACGAUUUACAAACUCAUCUGCUGCGCAGGUUACAGCAACCUUCCCCAUUGCUCAUAUGUUAGAUUCUUUAGUGAAACUCCUUCCGGGCAAUUAGCUCUAUGCAGUACUCAGAAAUCUCCAUGCUCAAUGAAGUGGGUGUGCAAAAGACGAAGGGAACGCCUACGUGUUUCGCUUCUCCUUCCUGUAAAUCUUUCCUCUUUUGGCUCGUUCCCACUCCAAAGACCUAGGGUAGAGAAAGAUUUCUAUCAGAAAUACGAACUAAUAAUGCUUUUCUUGUCUAUAUGCUAGGCAUUAAUUUAGUCUGCAAAAAGCAAGAGACCAAAUCCAGAAUACACAAGGCUCUAGGGUAUUCUGACAUGUUAGACAAAAUGUUGGAAAUGAAAUUAUUUACUUGAACAGUAACGUUUUAGGUUUGUUAAUUUGUAUAGAAUCUAUAAACAGUUGGUAAUUAAUUGGUCUUUGAAAGAAAAAAGUGCCAAUAAAACACUGUAUAAAUA